GUCGGGCGUCUAUACGAACGGUCGCGUAUCGACGGUGCAUAAAUCGUCACGCAAUUACGAGCCGUCGGCAACACAGUUUUUGAAAAUCCUCGUAGACGCCGUAGUCCUGGUUAUGAGUUUCCGAGGAGAGUCAUGAAAGAUGCACCUGGUGAGCUGCUGGGCCGCCUUUGUCUUGGGGUUUGCAGGCACGCUCGUAGUGUGCUCGGUGGCUUUGCCCUCUGUCAUAAAAAUAGGUGCAAUCUUUACCGAGCAACAAAAAGGCGGUCCGGCUGAAACAGCUUUCAAGUACGCUGUGUACAAGAUUAACAGGGACAAGACGUUACUACCGCACACCACCCUGGUUUACGACUUGCAGCAUGUCCCGUCGGACGACAGCUUCCACGCAAGCAAAAAAGCGUGCAAACAAGUAAAAAAUGGAGUCUACGCAGUGUUCGGCCCUUCCGAUCCUUUGUUGGGGGCGCACAUUCACUCCAUUUGCGACGCCUUGGACAUUCCGCAUUUGGAGACUCGCGUAGAUCUCGACAACGACGUCAAAGAGUUCUCGAUCAACCUCUACCCUGCCCAAAAUUUGCUCAAUUCGGCGUUCCAGGACGUCAUGGAUUUUUUAAACUGGACCAAAGUGGCCAUCAUUUACGAAGAAGAUUAUGGUCUGAUAAAACUGCGGGAACUGGUCAGGUCGCCGCACAACAAGAACCUCGAGGUGCACAUCAGGCAAGCGCAUCCAGAAUCGUACCGCUCGGUCCUCAGAGAAGUGAAAACCAAAGAAAUACACAACAUCAUCAUCGACACGAAACCGACGAACCUGCAGUCCUUCCUCAAAGGGAUCCUUCAACUUCAGAUGAACGACUAUAAGUACCAUUACGUAUUUACGACAUUUGACAUCGAAACGUUCGACUUGGAAGACUUCAAGUACAAUUUCGUCAACAUGACCGCAUUCAGGGUAGUCGAUAUCGACCAGCUGGCGGUGAAGGAAGUCCUCAGGGAUAUGGCUAAGUUUCGUGCGAAUCAGGACGUGCCGCCUAUCAACAACAGUUUUGUUCGGGCUGAGGCUUCGCUGAUGUACGACUCGGUAUACGUUUUCGCCAUCGGAUUGCAAACGCUCGAGCAAUCUCACAGUAUCCAAUUGUCCAACGUCUCGUGCGAUCUGGAACAACCUUGGGACGGGGGCUUGAGCCUUAUUAACUACAUCAACGCUGUGGAAUACAAGGGACUGAGCGGACCGAUAGAGUUCAAGGAAGGACGCAGGAUCAAGUUCAAGCUGGACCUGAUGAAACUGAAGCAACACGCCCUCGUGAAGGUCGGCGAGUGGUGUCCAGGCACGGGGGUCAACAUAACCGACAGGGGAGCGUUCUUCGACCCCGGCACCAUGAACGUAACCUUAGUGGUGACGACCAUACUGGAGAACCCGUACGUGAUGAUGCGGGAGGAAAAAAAUUAUACAGGCAAUAGCAGGUUUUACGGGUUUUGCGUGGACGUGCUGGAACGGGUAUCCAGGGAGGUCGGGUUCGAUUACCUCUUGGACUUGGUGCCUGAUAGAAAGUACGGGGCACGAGAUCCCGAGUCGGGCUACUGGAAUGGCAUGGUCAGGGAGCUUAUUAUGCAUGAGCAACCCUACGUACUUUUAAAACCCAACCCGAUCCUCCAAGGCAACGACCGCUACGAAGGCUUCUGCAUUGAUCUGCUCAAAGAACUGGCCGCCAUGGUGGGCUUCGAGUACCGUAUAGAGCUAGUUCCCGAUAGCAAGUAUGGCGCUAUCGAUCUGGAAACUGGAGAAUGGAACGGUAUAGUCAGGCAGCUCAUGGACAAAAAAGCUGAUCUAGCGGUGGGUUCCAUGACGAUUAACUACGCCAGGGAAAGUGUUAUUGAUUUCACGAAGCCUUUCAUGAAUCUGGGGAUUAGUAUUCUUUUCAAGGUGCCAUCGAGUCCUGAGACGAGACUUUUCUCGUUCAUGAACCCGCUGGCGACGGAUAUAUGGAUGUACGUGUUCUCCGCUUAUGUCCUGGUAUCCAUCACAAUGUUCGUGGUCGCUCGAUUUUCGCCCCACGAAUGGCACAACCCCCACCCCUGCGACAUCGACAACGAACUGCUCAACAAUCAAUUUUCGUUGGCCAAUUCGUUCUGGUUUACCAUCGGCACCUUAAUGCAGCAGGGUUCCGAUCUCAAUCCGAAGGCCACAUCCACUAGGAUAGUGGGAGGAAUAUGGUGGUUCUUCACGCUAAUCAUCAUAUCCUCGUACACGGCCAACUUGGCCGCCUUUCUCACCGUAGAACGGAUGAUUACGCCCAUCGAGAAUGCCGAAGACUUGGCAAGUCAAACAGAAAUACCCUACGGCACGUUAGAAAGCGGAUCCACGAUGACCUUCUUUCGGGACUCGAUGAUAGAGACCUACAAGAAGAUGUGGCGGUUCAUGGAGAACCGAAAACCGUCGGUGUUCGUCCCAACGUACGAGGAGGGCAUCAAGAAAGUGCUCGAAGGCAACUACGCGUUCUUAAUGGAGUCCACGAUGCUGGACUACGUGGUCCAGAGGGAUUGCAACCUCACUCAAAUCGGCGGCUUGUUAGAUUCGAAAGGUUACGGCAUAGCAACCCCUAUGGGGAGCCCCUGGCGCGACAAGAUAUCCCUCGCCAUCCUGGAACUGCAAGAGAAGGGAGAGAUCCAGAUGCUGUACGACAAAUGGUGGAAAAACACUGGCGAGACUUGCACGAGGAACGACAAGGGCAAAGAGUCGAAAGCCAAUUCGUUGGGCGUGGACAACAUAGGUGGCGUCUUCGUCGUUUUGCUUUGCGGAUUGGCGUUCGCCGUGGUCGUCGCCAUCUUGGAGUUUUGCUAUAACUCGAAGAGAAACGCGGUUACCGAAAAGAGAUCGGCGAUGGCACCCCAGCAGUCACUGUGUUCAGAGAUGGGGGGCGAGUUGUGCUUCGCCAUUCGUUGCCGCGGCUCGAGACAGAGACCGGCGUUGAAGAGACAGUGUUCCAAGUGCCUCUCUGGGGUUACGUACGUGCCGUCCCCACUUGACAUACCGGUUCACACUCCUCUUCCUCCGUCUAGACCCGCGCCAUCCCCCGACAUACCGAGUCCACCGACGAACGGUGUGUCCACCAGGACAGCACUUUCUCAAAUACAAUUUAGGGACGAUUUACCAUCAUUUCAAGUUGAUGGACGCCAUACCAGGAUUCCAUAGGAAGAGGACUUUUUUUAGCAAAGCCUAGAGCGGUUUUUGUAUAGGCACCUAAAAUUAAGUCAACAAUAUUUGUAUCGAGUUUUAAGUUAUGUUUAUAGAGAUGUUGAUAAUUUGUUUUUCUUCGAAAAUUGUGUGGUGAAAAUAUAUAUC